AUGUUUCGUAAACAGGGCCGACGACUGAGCGUUUCCUCCUGGCUUGGUCCUAAUACUCAAGACAGUUGGAGUGCCCAGGUACGAGUGCGGUGUUGGAGGGAGUCGUCACUUCCCAAACCAGACUUCUCGAAGACUGGGACUACCAUACAAUCUUCGACUGAAUUGGCGGCUGAUUCUUAUAAGAAGAUAAGCCAUGGUAUUAACGGUACACCAAAUCUCGUGGUCUCACGCAUACAGUUUGAUCUAAACGGAACCACGUUAUAUGCCGACUCAGUAGGGUCGGCUGGGGUCAUCUAUCUGAACGAAAUAUACGCUCUCAACGGUUACGUUGUGUUUGGGUACGAUUCUUCAAAUAUCCAGGUUUGGGCGCCGUCAGACAUCUAUGGACGCCUUGUUUACUUGGGGGACGGCUACGGGAUUCUUGGUGAAGCAACAGUGGCUGACUUGCAGCUCUAUGCAUGGAGUAACCAGACUCUUCCCUACAACACUAGCGGUAAUCUGAAACUAAGUUCCACCCAGAACGGAAAUGAAAAAAUACUCGACUAUGAACCGGCCGGGAACGAAAACCAGAUCUUCACUCGCUCUUGGAUUCAAUCAUCGAUUAGCCCCAGCUGCGGCUACAGGUUCCCCGGUACGGGGGCAUUGUCCUACACGGCUACUGCUUACGACAAGCCGUGCACAUAUGGCGGUAUGGUGUACGCCUACACCACUCAGGCUGCUCGCUUCUGGCAGCCGGGCAACGCUAAUGGCGCCAUGGUCUGCAUUGCCAGCUGUCUGGGAACUGCAAUCAACAAUCAGGCGUUAAACGAGGGCACCGCAGUACUGUAUUCAUGGGAACUGGAUGUUAACGAGUGUCGAACUAAUCCGUGUAAGAACGGAGCCACGUGCGAGAACUAUUUCCAUAGUUACGCCUGCAAAUGCGCCCCUGGAUACGCUGGCAUGCUCUGCGAAAACGGGGACAGUGGAUCGAGCCCAGUUGAUGAAAGAUCAUCCGAAAAAACAGGCCCGUCGAAAGGUCUGACAGUUGGCUUGCCGGUUGGUUUAGUCGUUAGUCUCAUCGCGAUAAUUUGUUUGUCAUUUUUUGUAUUCUAUAAAUCAAAACAAAAGAUGAAAACAGGAAAUAAUGAUCCUGUUCCCAUGGAAGACAAACAUAAAUAAGAACACUCAUCUGCAAAAUUUGCAUAGUAAGCACAUUUAUAGCUUAUUUCAAACAAAUACAGUAACAUAUUUUGUGUAACAUUAAAAUGUUUGAAUAAUAAAUUGUUAUUUUCUGUGUAUCAUUUGUUCGUAUUAAGUAUUUACAUAAUGUAUAGU